AAGAGGCAGUCUACCGACGCCGACACCAUCUUAUGCCAUCUAGACUCAUAUGUGGUAUCAAAGGUGUAAAAUGUGUUCAGCGCGAAUGCGUUACGGAGAUUCACCAUGACUUUAGUCGAAUAUUGUAAGUGUGGAAAUGCGGUGUUUACGCAAUUUACGUCAUCGUUUGGUCGUAGCUAAGGCCCAAUUCACAGGAAAUGAUCCCACAGUGACAAGCGGACACACAAAUUGGUACAGCUGAGUGAAUAAGAUAGACGGAUUCCCAACAAAAUAUUCUGGAUCCACUGAACCUGUAACAGGCCUGUCCAUGGAAGUGUAAGAAGUUAAGAGAUUUAAAAAUGGAUCCAAGGUCCCAUUUCUCUCUAACCAAGUAACGUUCCAGAUUACUACCUUGAAUUUGUGACAAACAACAUGAAAUAAAGUAAAGCAGAAGGGAGGAGUUCUUCCCACUCUCUCCACUUUGAAGAAUGGCAGGCCUGAAGCUCGUUACCCCGGCCACAUCUUCCAUGGGUCCUUUUUUUGGACUGCCAUGGCAGCAGGAGGCAAUCCACGAUAACAUCUAUACACCUAGAAAAUAUCAGGUAGAACUUCUUGAAGCAGCACUUGAACAUAACACUAUCGUCUGUUUAAAUACUGGCUCAGGGAAGACAUUUAUUGCAGUUCUCCUAACAAAAGAGCUUUCCCAUCAAAUCCGUGGACAAUACCAAGGAAAUGCAAAGAGGACUGUAUUUCUUGUCAACUCAGCCAUGUCUGCUAAUCAGCAAGCAGCUGCAGUCAGGACUCACUCUGACCUCCAAGUGGGAGAGUACACAGAGAUGGAGGAGACGUCAGUAUGGACUAAUCAUCAAUGGAGUGAAGAGAUGAACAACAACCAGGUGCUGGUUAUGACUUGCCAUAUAUUUCUGCAUGUACUGAAAAAUCAGAUUUUACCCUUGUCAAAAAUCAACCUGGUGGUUUUUGAUGAUUGUCAUCUUGCCAUCACGGAUCACCCCUACUGUGAGAUAAUGAAGCUUUUUGAUGACAACAACGGCAGUCCUCGUAUUCUUGGUCUCACAGCCUCCAUUCUCAAUGGCAAUUGCGACCCCACAGAUCUUGAGCAGAAAAUCCAGAAUUUAGAGCAAGUCCUGAAGAGCAACGCUGAAACUGCCACUGACCUUGUAGUUCUUGACAGAUAUGCCUCCCAGCCAAGAGAGGUGGUGCUGGACUGUGGCCCUUAUCUAGAUAAGAAUGGACUCUCCUCACGUCUCCAAGUGGAGUUAGAUGAAGCGCUCGACUUCUUGAAUGAGUGUAACAUAUCGAUUGCAAGAGAAGAUAAGGGUCCUACAGUCAUCUCACGGCAGAUCUUAAGUGACUGCAGGGCUGUGCUGCAGGUGCUUGGGCCCUGGUGUGCAGAUAAAGCAGCAGGUAUCAUGGUGCGCGAGCUUCAGAAGUACAUCAAGCACGAACAGGGGGCAAUUAACCGCAAGUUUCUACUGUUCACUGACACCAUUCUCAGAAAAGUACAUGCCCUUUGUGAGGAACAUUUUUCUCCAGCCUCCCUGGACCUGAAGUUUGUCACACCUAAGGUACUCCGUCUCUUGGAGAUCCUGCAUGAAUACAAGCCCUUUGAGAGGCAGCAGUUUGAGAGUGUGGAGUGGUACAACAACCGGAACCAAGACAACUAUGUUUCUUGGAGUGAUUCUGAAGAGGAAGAUGACGAUGAAGAGUCAGAGACCAAGGAAAGGCCUGAAGCCAACUUUCCUUCACCAUUCACUAACAUUCUAUGUGGAAUUAUUUUUGUGGAGAGGCGUUACACUGCAGUCGUCCUGAAUCGUCUGAUCAAAGAGGCAGGAAAACAGGACCCAGAGCUGGCUUACAUCAGCAACAACUUCAUCACUGGCCAUAGCAUUGGCAAGAACCAGCCACGGAACAAGCAGAUGGAGGUGGAAUUCAGAAAGCAAGAGGAGGUCCUACGCAAAUUCCGGGCUCAUGAAACCAACCUGCUGAUUGCCACAAGCAUUGUGGAAGAAGGUGUGGACAUUCCGAAGUGUAACUUGGUGGUGCGGUUUGACUUGCCAACUGAAUACAGGUCCUACGUCCAGUCCAAAGGCAGAGCUCGAGCUCCUGUCUCCAACUAUGUUAUGCUGGCUGAUAGUGAGAAGACCAAAUGCUUUGAAAGUGAUCUCACUACCUACAAGGCAAUAGAAAAGAUCUUGAGGAACAAGUGCUCCAAGUCUGCAGAAGUUGAUGAGUUUGAAAUUGAGCACGUGUUAGAUGAUGACAACAUACUUCCUCCGUACGUGCUUCGAUCGGAGGAUGGAGGUCCUCGGGUUACCAUCAAUACGGCCAUCGGACACAUUAACAGAUAUUGUGCUCGGCUGCCCAGUGAUCCCUUUACCCACUUGGCUCCCAAAUGUAAAACUAGGGAGAUGCAAGAUGGAAGAUUCCAGUCCACACUCUAUUUACCCAUCAACUCCCCACUCAGGGUUCCUGUUAAGGGUCCCAACAUGAAUUGUGCCAGAUUAGCAGAGAAAGCAGUUGCAUUACUUUGUUGUGAGAAACUACAUCAAAUAGGUGAACUGGAUGAUCAUUUGAUGCCCGUCGGGAAGGAGACUGUCAAGUAUGAGGAAGAGCUGGAUCUUCAUGAUGAAGAGGAAACUUGCGUCCCUGGCCGACCGGGCUCAACGAAGAGGAGACAGUGUUAUCCUAAAGCUAUACCAGAGUGUUUGCAGGAGAGUUAUGCUGUACCUGAGCAUACUUACUACCUAUAUGUGAUUGGGAUGAACCUCACUACGCCACUUCCUGACGAGCUCAACUUCCGCAGAAGGAAGCUUUACCCACCAGAGGACAGCACACGCUGUUUUGGCAUCCUGACUGCUAAACCGAUACCACGAGUCCCACAUUUCCCGGUCUACACACGCUCGGGUGAGGUGACCAUCUCCAUCGAGCUUCUCAAGUCCGGCUUCAAUCUCACCGCCACAGAGCUCGACCUAAUCAUUCGCCUGCACCAGUACAUCUUCUCGCAUAUUCUCCGCCUCGAGAAACCUGCACUAGAGUUCAAGCCUACACUUGCCGAUUCUGCUUACUGUGUUCUACCUCUUAAUGUUGUUGGAGAUUCUAACACACUCGAUAUGGACUUCAAAUUCAUGGAGGAUAUCGAAAAGUCUGAAGCCCGAACUGGUAUUCCUAAUACUCAUUAUACCAAACAGAACCCCUUCACCUUUAAAUUGGAGGAUUACCAGGAUGCUGUUAUCAUUCCUAGGUACCGUAAUUUCGACCAGCCUCAUCGAUUUUACGUCGCUGAUGUAUAUACAGACCUUACUCCUCUCAGCAAGUUUCCUUCACCAGAAUACGAGACAUUUGCUGAGUACUACAAAACCAAAUACAACCUGGAUCUGUCCAACCUGAACCAGCCUCUACUGGAUGUUGACCAUACGUCAUCGAGACUGAAUCUCUUAACGCCUCGUCACCUCAACCAAAAAGGCAAAGCGUUGCCCCUCAGCAGUGCGGAGAAGAGGAAAGCAAAAUGGGAAAGUCUGCAGAACAAACAGAUCCUGGUUCCAGAACUUUGUGCCAUUCACCCCAUCCCUGCCUCCCUUUGGAGGAAGGCGGUGUGUUUACCCAGUAUCCUCUACCGUCUCCAUUGCCUCCUGACAGCAGAGGAACUAAGAUCCCAGACAGCCAGCGAAGCUGGAGUUGGAUCACAAAUCCUUCCUACUGAUUUCAGGUAUCCAAACUUGGACUUUGGGUGGAAGAAAUCAAUUGACAGCAAAAUAUCCAUAUCAUUAAGUGAGGACAAUGGCCUUCAAUUAAAGCACCAGUCACCCGAUUGCAUUUCAUUAAUGGAUUACAGUUGUCUCCAACAUUCCCAAGCCAUCGUCACUUGCAGCAAAGACUCUGUGAAUAUCACUACUCAAAUUCCUGACCACAGUCUCUCAGACGGGAGGCUUAUUAAGAAACAUAAUUGCCAAUGUUCUCAAUGUAACUUUCUUGAACUGCUUCACCCUGAAACAAAGGAAAUCCCUACCUCAGUUCCUGUGCAGCCCUCUCACAUCUUGAAGAAUCCUGAUGCAUGUCCUCCACAUCAUAGGGUUCAGUGUACACCAGGAAGGAGCACGGUCCACAGGAAUUCCACUACCUCAGCCUACAGCCAGCACGAAGAGUGUCCCAAUGCUCACAAAGCACCUUCACAAAAUCAUUCUACUGUUUUGCAUCCCAGCAAAAUGGCAGGGGACUCCAUAACAAUCCUGGGGCCUAACCCGGGUCUUAUACUUCAGGCCUUAACCCUUUCCAAUGCCAGUGAUGGUUUUAACCUAGAGCGGCUGGAAAUGCUUGGUGAUUCGUUCCUCAAACAUGCCAUUACCACUUAUCUUUUUUGUACCUAUCCAGAUGCCCAUGAGGGCAGGCUCAGCUACAUGCGCAGCAAGAAGGUGAGCAACUGCAACCUGUACCGCUUAGGAAAAAAGAAGGGACUUCCUAGUAGGAUGGUGGUGUCCAUUUUUGAUCCCCCCGUCAACUGGCUGCCUCCUGGCUAUGUGGUCAAUCAGGACAAGACCAUUAGUGACAAACAGGAUCCAGAUGAGGGUGGAGAAGUACAUCUAUCUAAUGGACCUUCUGUUGAUGACUGUGGUGAAGAGUUGAAGGAGGUCAAUAAUGACAGAGACCUGCUUUUAAAGGAUGAAACAAAAGAUGAGGUCAACUUGGAAGAUGACUUGGAGUACUACAAGGAACACAUCAAGUUCAUCGACAAUAUGUUGCUAGGAUCUGGUGCAUUUGGAAAAAAGAUCUCUCUGAGCAGCUUCCCACCUUCUCUAACCAAUGCUUCAGGCCUAUCACCAUCCAUAGAGACGCCAUAUGAAUGGAAAGCUCCUCCCAAAAAAACCUACCCCUUGUCCCACCAUCACUCUGAACCACUACACACGGAAUCUUCAGCCGAGGACUUUGACUACAGCUCAUGGGAUGCCAUGUGCUACUUAGACCCCAGCAAGGCAGGUGAGGAGGACGACUUUGUGGUGGGAUUCUGGGAUCCAUCAGAGGAGAACAAUGGCACUGAGCUUGGAAAGCAGUCCAUCUCUUACGACUUGCACACAGAGCAGUGCAUAGCAGAUAAGAGCAUCGCUGACUGUGUCGAGGCUCUGCUUGGCUGCUAUCUGACCAGCUGUGGUGAGAGAGCUGCCCAGAUGUUCCUGUGCUCAUUGGGCUUGAAGGUAUUACCAAUCCAGAGAGGAAGCUUGACAGAAGAAAUUCAUAUCAGCCCACAAACAGCUGGUGAAUUGAGCUAUGGCUGGUUGAAAAUCCCACCACGGUGCAUGCUUGAACAUCCAGAUGCAGAGCGGACCCUCAAUCAUCUGAUUUCUGGCUUUGACAAUUUUGAAAAAAAGAUUAACUACACUUUUCAGAAUAAGGCCUAUGUACUGCAGGCCUUCACUCAUGCUUCCUACCAUUACAACACCAUCACAGAUUGUUAUCAACGAUUGGAGUUCCUUGGUGAUGCAAUACUUGACUACCUCAUUACAAAGCACCUUUAUGAAGACCCACGGCAACACUCGCCUGGUGUACUGACUGAUCUGCGCUCAGCACUUGUCAACAACACCAUUUUUGCCUCUCUGGCCGUGAAGUAUGACUACCACAAGUACUUCAAAUCUAUCUCACCGGAACUUUUCCACGUUAUUGAUGACUUUGUGCAGUUUCAACUGGAAAAGAAUGAGAUGCAAGGCAUGGACUCUGAGCUUCGACGCUCUGAAGAAGAUGAGGAGAAAGAAGAAGACAUUGAAGUCCCCAAGGCUAUGGGCGAUAUUUUCGAGUCGCUCGCUGGAGCCAUUUACAUGGACAGUGGCAUGUCAUUGGAGAAAGUGUGGCAAGUUUAUUAUCCGAUGAUGAGGCCACUUAUCGAGAAAUUCUCUGCAAAUGUACCACGGUCACCUGUAAGGGAGUUACUCGAAAUGGAACCAGAAACUGCUAAGUUCAGCCCUGCAGAAAGAACCUACGACGGGAAGGUCCGGGUAACCGUGGAGGUCGUCGGAAAGGGGAAAUUCAAAGGAGUCGGACGCAGCUACCGUAUUGCCAAGUCAGCAGCAGCCCGACGAGCUCUGCGCAGCCUCAAAGCCAAUCAACCUCAGGUCCAAAACAACUGAGUUCCUCUCAGCAUUAAGCACCUACAGUAUUGAUGCUUGGGGGGGGAGAAGUAUUUGCUAUCGAACACAAAACAUUACUAUGUUUGCUUUGCAUCUGAGGCAGCCAGUAAACACUGGAGAUGCAACAGAAAAAGACCCCCCCCCCCCCCCCCCCCAACAGAUUUUUAGGUCUGAUAUCUUUAGUCCUUUUUGCGCAAACACAAUCUUGAUUUCGCUCUUUGCUUUUGUGUAUGAGUAUUUUAUUAACAUUAAGCAAAGUGUUCAGAUGGUCAGGUUGCAAUGUCUUUUUCUCUUUAAGAUGAGGUUAUGUAAUCACAUUGUACAUAGUUCAAUAAAACUGUAAAUCAACAUGCAUAAUGGGGAGAGACAAAAAGGAGAAGAAAAAAAAAGCAAAUGACAGUUGCUUUGAAAAUGCUAGCAGCAGACGUAGCGACCAGAUGACACUGGAGGGAAACACUCACAUACACACGUGGUGUUGGAAAACUUCCUUGAAAUUGUAUUUGUAAUCAUUCUUACACUUUGUCAUUGAGGGUCUGUCAUUUUGAUAGUUUUGUGGUCAAAUUGACUCAAAAAAAUAUGUUUCAAAAUCACAAAUGAUGUUCUAUCCUGCAAAAAAUAUCGGCUUAUAAAACAUUCCCAGUGGCUGUAAUUCAAACCACAAUUGGGUGGCAUGUUCCCAUCUAAAACUGUACCAACUGGAUUUCUUUUGUGUUUUGAUUAUUUUGUAUAUGACCGUGAGAUUAAAUAUUGUGGCAUUAUUUUGGUUAUCAGGUUUAAAGAUGUUUUCAUACCAAGAAUAGAUCAAGUAUUGGGUUUUUUUGUCCUGUAAUGGCUUUCAACAAAAUAAUAGAUUUUUGUUGUUGUUAUGUUUACGACUAGACAAGAGAAAUACAAACUACUUAAUAUCAAUUUGACGGUAUUCUGCAGAAUUUUCACAAUGUUGCAGUCUUUUUACACACAUUAAGGGGAAGUUCAGAAUUUUUGACAUUAGGCUGAAUCUUCGAGUUAGCAGGGGUUUAAUUUGUGGGUGGAGUUGAUUUCAACAAAUUCCGUGCAGUUUGUUAUUUAGUUUCGGGGCUCCGAAGUGGCCAAGCUAGCACGAGUCAGUAUGCCAAUAAAAAAAACAACAACAUAUGCUCACAUGAAAAUCACCAAAGACCCAUGCAAUCAAUUGUGUUGGGUAUGUCUUCAGGAUAAGGUUAUUAGAACUUACCAUUGCAUGUCGAUAAUUGUAGUAGGAACAGCAACAUUUCUAAUCGAGCAGCUCUGCAGGGAGCAGUGCGGCGUGAUAUCACAGCUGAUUUUUUUUUUUUUUUAUGUAGUAGCCAGCAGCAAGUACCCACAGCUUAUAUUGUUCCUCGUUCUUAUUUUAGGAAACUUUCCUUUGCCAUUUUUCUUCCAUCACUUUCCACAUUUCACCAUUUUGCCGUCCUUCAAUCAACUCAGGAGACUGAUCCUGCCUUCGAGGAAGGUGGGAGUUGACCUUCUUCGAAUACAGCAUGAGCACGAGUGGCCAAAGCACUCAUCUUUAUUGUGGUUGCAUUACGCAUUUUAAAAAAUCAAUUACGGCCAUUUGGUGUGACAGUUUUGGCCUCGUAGGUAUUUCAAACAAUGAUCUGUAUUUUGAAUGUAUUUGACAAUGUUCGACUGUUAAUAUCGAUUGUUUUAUACUGGCAUGAUAAGAUUGUAUCAUUGACUCGCACUAGUUUAGCCACUCCGGAGACUAACAAAUAUCUGACAAACUGCACGGAAUUUGUUGAAAUCAACUUCACCGACUCAUUAAACCCGAAGAUCAAGCCUAAUGUCAAAAAUUCUGAACUUGCCCUUUAUAUACUCAUGUUUGUGGGUGCCAAUUUAUGACAUGCAAGUGUUUUCUUGAAAUCCAAUACAAAUCCUUUUAGCAGUUAUGGGGUAAACAUUAAUCGUGGAAAAUCAAGCUAUUAACCCAUUAAUGUUAUUUGUCCUGACUCCUGACAGAUUGUUCAUUUAAAUUGUUGUUUGUCUUAUUGUCAGGUGUCAUAUUGUUCUCGUCAAUAUGUCCAUUUUCACCUCAGUACCUCAUGCAUGCAUAUUUGGCUUUUUCCUUUUUGUUGGGUGCUAUUUUUUUUUUUUAAUAUGAAGCUUGAAUUUCUGACCUUUUUUGCACUCUAACUGUAAUACCUCUUAAUUUGAUGUAUUUUGUUCUAUGGGGUGCCUUUUUAUUUUGACGUUGUUUUUUGUCAUCAAGCUGUGGGGAAUCUUCUCCCCAGUUUUGAGAUUAGAAAAUUAUUGUCAUUAGGUUGAGAAUGUUUAUCAGGAUUAAAAAAACAAAAACAAACAAUCCAAUUGGAUGCUAUGUGAACCUAUGGAAGUAAUCAGAUUGCACUCAUAAUCAUGCCGGACAGCCCGGAAAUGUAUCAAUGUCAAUUUUGAUGGUCUUCUUAACCAGAGGUGGGUAGUAACACGUUUACUCCGUUACAUUUACUUGAGUAGCUUUUUGAGAAAGAAAUGCACUUCUAAGAGUAGUUUUACGGAGCAAUAGUCUUUACUUGAGUAGAUUUGUGACGAACACUGCGCUUACUUCACUACUUUGGGUUACACUAGUGGUUCGAUUUUUCCUCUUUAUUCUACAUAUUUGACUUCACAGCCCCCAGCCCAGCAAUGUCAACAGUAGCUCUACCAGUUUCACCAAUAAGACGUCGCAACAAUAAGCACAUGACUCAAUUAUACCAAUCAAACUCAAGCUUGCCGUUCCACCUUCAUUGUUUAAUCAUGUGGCGUCUUUAAAGCAACGUAAAAGAUAAAGUAUUUGACAUAGGGUGCUCCCGUCACUAUGACUCGAAAGUUUAACCUCUCCCCCAGGUUAGUUUUUAUGAUUCAAACUAGACAACAGUAUAGCAGUAGUGGAUAAAGUACAAGUAGUUCCCGGGUUAUGACUAGGCAUGUGCCAGUAUGAGAUUUUGUUGUUAUGAUAACUGUCAGCAAAAAUACCGCAGUAUCACGGUAUUGCAAUUAUAGUUCUAAAAUGUGUUAUUUUGAGAUGCAUGGGUUAAAAAAAAAAAAAAAAAAAAAUCCCUUGAAUGGGAUUUUUUAUUUUUCAGAACAUAUAUGCAAAUUAGACCAACAAUAAUUUAAUGUCAAAAUAAAUAAAAAUAACAAGAAAUAAUAAGUAUGUUAAAUAAAAUUAACAUACAUCGAACUUUACGUAAACCUGCAGCCACAGCUCAAGUAGCUCAACGUAGACCAAGAACAAAAAUAAUUUAAAAAUAAAAAAUAAUUUACCAUAAAAAGUAAACUCUUCUAAAUAAAAUUGAAAAAAUAUAUAUAUUUUGCAGGCACAUCUACAUGUCAGAGACUUGCUCGUUUUCUCCAUAUUUCUCACUCAGUCCAAGUUAUGAUGCAGGAAUGUGAGCAUGUUCACCUUUUCUGGGUUAAGUUUGGAGCGGUGAGGUGAGAUGAUGUGUCCAUUACUACUGGUAAUACCGUAUUGGCCCAAAUAUAAGAGGGCCCUGAUUAUGAGACGACCCCCUCGUUUUCAAGACUCAAGUUUGGAAAAAAGACUUUUUGAGCACCAAAUUAUUUUUUAUACAGAAAAUAAUUACAGUACAUCUGAAACAAAUGAUUAUAACAAUAUAUUUGAGAGAAAAAGCAUGUUAUUUUGCCUCAUUGAAAUCUUAAUACCUGAACAUUUAAAUAUGUAAACUAAAGUGCAAUCACAUUCGUAAAUGAAUGGCUUCUGGUUUUUGAAAUGUAAAUAAACCAAUAUAUUGUGAUAAAACAACACAAUAGCAAUAACUGCAUUAACCAUCAAAGUGAGGUCUAACUCUAACUGUAGUCUUGAAACAAAUCUGAAUAAGGAAAAACAUUACAAUAAAAUAAUGCAAACUGGUUAAACUUGAGAGUAGCUGAGAUCUGUCAUGACAGAACAUUACUCCUCAAGUUCAGCAUUCGCUUCAAUGAUAUCGGUCGCCAUCUAGCGUCGUGAAUGGGGAUAAUGUCGAGACCCCGAAUAUAACAUGGCUCCCACUUUUUCAGUCUUAUUUUAAUGCAAAAAAACACCGUCUUAUAUCUGGGCCAAUACGGUAUUAAUUAGUUGAAUAUUAAUGGAGAGAAAGAGUGUGAUUUUAAUCAUUAUUUACACAGACACACACACAGACACACCCUCUCAACACAGAAAUUCACCAGAGAGAAAAAACACCACAGGCUGUAUUAUGAAAAUGUUGUUUUGAACAGAUUUUUACAAUGGUGAAAGAAUUAAUGUUGCCAACAGUCCCAGAUUGUGUGGGGCAGCCCGCAAUAAAAGAAGUUCAGAUUGGUUCCGUCGGCAGCGGCGGUACCAAUCGGAAUUCCCUAUACUGUAUUGCAGCUUGUCCGGCACGAUCCAGGACUGUUGGCAAGUACCCUAGUGUGGAAAACUUAAGAAAAGUUGGCUAAUGGUAGAGAGGAACCCGGUUAGCAGUCUUGGCAUGCUAACUAGCCACAUUAUCUGCCUCAUUAACAAGCUAGUUAUGUAUAUAGUAUUUAUAUAUAGUUAGUAUUGGUUUUACCAUCGCUAGACACACUAAACAAGCUGGGGGAAAAGUCCCGUAGCUGGUAGGAAACGUAAAUGGCAGCGUUUACUUACCUUCAAUUUUGUAUAAAGUGACGGAUGAUGGUCACGUAAAUGUGAAAUCAAGUUUGAGGUGUUGCCUCCCUUGGCAGCCACUCUCCGUCUUGCACGUGGGAUGUCCUUCCUCCACUGAUCUGCGGCCGUCUGCUUCUUUUUCGGUAGCCAAAAUACACUGAUUUGUUUUAUUUUUGAUGGAGGAAAAAGCUCACCACCUUCAGCCAUUGUUUCAUCUCUAGUCUGUAGCGCAGAGUAGCUUCACUGACGGACAUAGCAACAACUGGAGGGGGUGGGGUGACCGCUCCGUUUCUCGCUGCAUUUUUUGGACAUAAAAAAUAGCUAAUACCGUACGUGGUGUGACGGAAAAAAAUAUUGGUUUUGAAACCGUGACGUUUUAAUACCAUGGUAAACCUUGAAACCGGUAACUGAAACAUGCCUAGUUACGACGUACCCGAUUUAUGUGAUUUCGACUUUACAACGCCGGAGUCUCAUCCGCCAUUUUGUCUCCAGUCGUUUUUUUUUUGUUUUGUUUUUGUUUUUUUAAUUAUGUUGACUUUUGUCUUGUGAUGUAUUCCUUCAUUUUGGUGCAGGAAGCGCAGAGCAGGUAGUACCUUUGCACACGAGUAAGAGCGCAUGUACACACGCAGAAGAGUGCACGCGCACACACGAAGUCGCAGAGCCAAGAGAGAGGGGAAAAAAGCCUGCGUGCACAUUUGUUGUUUGUGAAGUAUCCACAGAAGCAACACUUGUAUAUAACACAUUUUGUAAUGUUUAUUGUGCAUUUUGAAUUGUGGUUGAAUACUUGGGCUGAGUUUAUGUGAUCGUUUUUGGUGAUGUGCGGACGCUAACUGAUACAUGCUAAUCGUUUGUGUGUAUUGUUAUUGCUGUUUCAGCAGCUGAUUAUAAACGCAAACGCUAUUGUAGAUGAAACUGAUUUAUUUUCAAUUUUAUUUUAGUUUUAUUCUGCAAGUGUGGAUGUCAUGAGCAGCUGAAUGAAGUCCACAAACCCCAAAGACAUCUGACCAUCAUUUUGAUGCUUAGCUCACUGUCUAGCUAGGACGUAACUCCAACGUCUUGGCGAUGUUUUUGGAUAGUUAUUUUGAGAUUUAGGGGUAUUGAAGGGUUAAGUCCGACUUGCGCGGAAAUUCGGGUUACAUUGCCAGCGUAGGAACAACUUUCGUAACUGGGGACUGCCUGUAUUCACUUUUUUAAAGUCAUAGUACUGAUACAGGUGUAACAAAAAAUUACUUUGGUAAAAGUACAAGUAUCUAAGGAAAAAUUUACUCAAAAAGGUAUUUGCUUUAAAAUUUACAAGUAAAAAGUAAAAGAAUAUACGUGUUUUUUUUUCUUUGUUUUAAUUAUACAUAAGUACAGAUAUCUGAGUCAAUAUUCAAAGAAAGGGACAGAUAAUUCAUUGAAUGCUCAGUUUUAUUGAAAACUGUGCAGAAAAGACAAAAACAAGCAGUAAAAUUGACUGCACUAUAAACAGAAGCUUAACAAGCUCGAACCAAUAUCUUCAACUGCCUAACUGCUUGUACUCGUGUUGCUGCCUCUAGUGCUCUAUUAGAGUAUACAGGUAGUUGCACGGGGCUUAUUGAUUGCGCCGGAGGCAUGGAAACGAAACUAUCAUUUCACAGUGAGAAAAAAAAACAAAAGUAACAUGUAACGCAGGCGAAAAUGUGAAAAGUAGUGGGGUAAAAAGUACAUCUUCGUGCUGUAAAAUGGAGUGAAGUAACAGUGAAAAGUACCACUUCAUAUUUGUACUCAAAGCAGAUUCACAAAAAUGUACUUAAGUACACUAAUGAAGUACUUUGUUACAUUCUACGACUGCAAUUGAGGUACAGUAAGUGCAAUUCUGACGUGUCAGUGAGAAAACAUUCAAUAGUCCAAUAUACACAGUAUACAGUGGGGCAAAUAAGUAUUUAGUCAACCACUAAUUUAGCAAGUUCUCCCACUUGAAAAUAUUAGAGAGGCAUGUAAUUGUCAACAUGGUUAAACCUCAACCAUGAGACACAGAAUGUCGGGGGGAAAAAACAGAAAAUCACAUUGUUUGAUUUUUAAAGAAUUUAUUUGCAAAUCAUGGUGGAAAAUAAGUAUUUGGUCAAUUCCAAAAGUUCAUCUCGGUACUUUGUUAUGUAGCCUUUGUUGGCAAUAGCGGAGGCCAAACGUUUUCUGUAAGUCUUUACAAGCUUUUCACAUACUGUUGCUGGUAUUUUGGCCCGUUCCUCUAUGCAGAGCUCCUCUAGAGCAGUGAUGUUUUGAGGCUGUCAUUGGGCAACAAGGACUUUCAACCCCCUUCACUGAUUUUCUGUGGGGUUUAGGUCUGGAGACUGGCUAGGCCACUCCAGGACCUUGAAAUGCUUCUUACGAAGCCACUCCUUUGUUGCCCUGGCUGUGUGGUUGGGAUCAUUGUCAUGCUGAAAGACCCAGCCACAUCUCAUCUUCAAUGCCCUUGCUGACGAAAGGAGAUUUUCACUCUGAUGAAAGGAGAUUUUCAUCUCUCGAUACAUGGAUACAUCCAUUGAUUCUUUCCUUUACACAGAUCAGUCGUCCUGGUCUCUUUGCAGAAAAACAGCCCCAAAGCAUGAUGUUUCCACCCCCAUGCUUCACAGUGGGUAUGGUGCAAUUGAGUAUUCGUUCUCCUCCAAACACGAGUUCUAUUUUGUUUUCAUCUGACCAUAACACAUUCUCCCAGUCCUCUUCUGGAUCGUCCAAAUGCUCUCUAGUGAACCGCAGACAGUCCUGGACGUGUACUGGCUUCAGCAAGGGGACAUGUCUGGCCGCGCAGGAUUUGAGUCCCUGGCGGCGCGUUGUGUUACUGAUAGUAGUAGCCUUUGUUACUGUGGUCCCAGCUCUCUGUAGGUCAUACACUAGGUCCCCCCGUGUGGUUCUGGGAUUUUUGCUCACCGUUCUUGUUAUCAUUUUGACGCCACGGAGUGAGAUCUUGCAUGUAGCCUCAGAUCGAGGGAGAUUAUCAGAAGUGUUGUAUGUCUUCCAUUUUCUAAUAAUACUCCCACAAUUGAUUUCUUUACCUGAAGCGAAGAGUGAAGAGUUACA